AUGCCGAUCCAGCAGCCCGCAAACCAGAUCAAACUGACCAAUGUGUCGUUGGUCCGGUAUAAGAAGGGCAAGAAGCGCUUCGAGCUUGCAUGCUAUAAGAACAAACUCCUCGAAUACCGGUCAGGAACCGAGACCGACCUCGACAACGUCCUGCAAGUGCCAACCAUCUUCCUCAACGCUUCAAAGGGCGAAACUGCCCCAAAUGCUGAACUGAUCAAAGCAUGGCCUUUGCCCUCGCAGAAUGAAAAACAAGAAUCCUCAGCAGCGCAUGGAGGGAAAGGCGACGCCAUCAUUGAAGAAAUCCUGAAAAAGGGCGAGAUCCAAGUAAAUGCUAAUGAGCGCAAGGAACUACUGGACAGAAUGGAGAGGGAGAUUGUGGAAGAAGUCGCCCAGAGACUCGUCGAUCCGCAGACAAAGAGAGUCUACACUACAGGCAUGAUCAAGAAAGGACUGGAUGUUCUCUCUAAACAGGGAGGUCAUGGAUCGAGCGAGACGAGUGGGCAAGCGACGCCUAUGACCGACGACGAUAACGAAUCCGCGUCUGGUGGUAACUCAAAGGGCAAGAAGAGCGAUAUGCCAACAUGGACUGGGGUCGUGACCAAUAAAUCCGUCAAGCAGCAGGCUCUUGAAGCGAUUCGCGCCCUGAUCGCAUGGCAGCCCAUUCCCGUCAUGCGUGCGCGUAUGAGAUUGCGAAUCACUUGUCCCACCAACAUCGCCAAACAGGCCGCGAAAUCCAAAGUUGCGAGUACAGGCACAGAAGCUGGCGAAGACGCUGGGGCCGAUCACGGCAAAGGCACUAUCAAAGAUCGCAUUCUCUCCUUUGUCGAGCAAGUAGAGAGCCAAGAGGUGCUGGGCGAGGAGUGGGAAGUUGUUGGAUUCGUGGAGCCGGGAGCGUUCAAGGCCCUGGGUGAGUUUAUUGCCGCCGAGAUGAAAGGGAAAGGGAGACUGGAAGUGCUGGACAUGGGUGUUACACAUACCGAUGAUUGA